AGUCUUCACUCGCAGUUUGUUGUUCGACAGCUUCCUAAGCAGACGCGAAUCGAAAUAGUGGACAAAUAUAUUUAUAUAUAUAUAUACAUAAAUUGACUCGAGGUGCAGUGAGAAGAGAAACGAGGAACAGCAUCAUGUCGUGGUCCGUAAUUGCGACCGCGGCGAUUGUUUUCGUCGCCGGAGUCACGUGCUCGCCCAUCGAUGUUACUCCGCCCGCUACUGAAUUGCUGCCACCAAAGGAUGACAGCUCGCAAGCAAUCGACUUUGACUCGUCAACCCCGGCGACUGAUUUGGUAGCACCGGACGUCGACAUGGUACCAACGUUGUCUACGGACUUGUUGCCGCCAAAAAUCGACAGUGAAUCCACGUACGACACGACCGGCGUAGCCUCUGCGACAGCCGACAAUCCAGCUGUACCUUCGGUUGACCUGCUACCGCCCGUCCCUCCUAGUUUGGCCUCUGAAUUGUCACCGCCUCUUCCUUCGCCGAAAAACAAGCGGCCGGCUACAUUGUUUCUGAUCAACGUGUUCGCCGUGAAGAAUCGCACUGCCGAGGACUCUAAUGACGUGCUCCAUCCCGUCAUCAUGCAGGAAGUACCUGACGACGCGACUUCAGAACCCCUGGCGAUGUUCGUGCUCGUUGUCGAGGACGAGGACGAAAACAAACCAGUCAGUUUGGACGAGGUGGCCAAGGAUCUCGAAGCCGAGGGCUUCAUCAUCGAGAAGAUCGGUAAGGACGGCAUGACCAGUUUGCUCAAAGUCAACCUGGACUCUAUCUUGGAGAAGGACGACCUGGACAGCCGCAAGAAUACGAUCAACAGGGUCAAGAGAGAUUUGGCGAGGGAGAGCGAGGGUGAGCCCGAGGCUUCCGGUAAAUUGGUGACAGUUCGCACGAAGAGGCACCUCCUUGAAAAGCUCUUGCAGAAGCACGGUGGAUAUGGCUGUAACGGUGGCUGUGGCGGCGGAUACUAUCCUCAACCACCAGUGUACUCGCCACCCGUAUAUGCUCCUCCACCUCCACCACGUCCUCCUCCUCAGCCGUACUGUGAUCCAUGCCAAAAUGGAUACGGACACGGUGGUAACGGCGGUGGCAACGGUUACGCGUCGGCCCAGGCUACUGCUCAUGCUACAGCCACAAGCUACGGAAAAUAAGAAGCCAUUUUUACGAAUAAAAACUACAAGUGCAAUUGCCUGCUUUCAUAAGAGUGUUAAUACUGGGACUGUUAAAGUUUAUAGCAGUUUAUAAUUUUCAAUGUUUCUUGUAAUCAAGUGAAAUGUUUAAUUGGGUCCAUUGAGCAAGUGUGUACGAUGAAAACUAGUUGUAAUUCCAGAAUACGUGACGCUAACGUGAUUUAUUUAUCUGUUCUCGCAAUCCACGUGAAUAAAGAAUAUUUUUUGUAUUUAAA